ACUCGAAUUAUCCACAUGUACCAAUUUGUAUGUCGGCGACUUUUACGAGCGGAGGAAUGAAGUAUCUGUUGAAUUAAGGUAUCUUAUUUGCUGACCGAACGGUGAUAACGUUGCUAGAAUUUAAAUCGCUACGAAAACCGCGGGUGAUUGUCUUUUGUUACCCCCCAAAAAAACUCUGUGAAAGUCGAGCGAUUCCUCCGAGGUGACUUUUUAUAGAGAAAACAUACUAUUAAGUCAAAAUGAAUAAUGGGAAACAAACAAACGGUGAUACACAGUUAAGAGUUGAAGAUAUUGAACCAAGUUUCAAGAAAAAAGGCACCACAACAAAGUUGGAGAAGUAUCUGAUAUCGUUUUGCGUUGUUGUCUUGGCUGUUUGUAUUGUGUUUGUGGUGCUCUAUGUUAGCGAAACGAGAGAAAAAUCCUCUAACUCUGCCGGAGAAUCUGGUGCUUUGACCUCAGAUAAUAUUUGUCUAACACCUGAAUGUUCCAUAGCCGCUUCGCGAUUACUUAGUUCUUUGAACACAAAGGUUGAACCGUGUAAUGAUUUCUACGAGUUCGCUUGCGGAACAUGGAUGAAGAAGAAUGUGAUUCCGGAGGACCGCUCCAGCUACGAUAAGUUUGGUGUUGUACGAGAAGACGUGGAAGUCAUCAUGAAAAUUGUACUAGAGGCGCCCUCUGCAGCAGACGACCCAGUAUCAGUGACGCACGCUAGGAACCUGUACCAUUCCUGCAUCAACCAAUCUUAUAUAGACAGCCGCGGUAUUGAACCCACCUUUGGCCUUCUGAAGGAGCUCGGAGGUUGGCCAGUUUUAGGAACCAACAGAGGCGGACAUUGGAACGAGUCGGAGUAUGAUUUGACGACACUUCUGUUCAAUCUGUUCCGGUACAACAACAAACCAUUGAUUGACUUGUAUGUUUACACCGACUCCAAAAAUUCUUCUAAAAGAAUAAUAUUUCUUGACCAACCAAGUUUUGGAAUGCCUGGUCGAAAAUACUACCUCAAUGGCUUGAACGACCCAAUGGUGCGCGCUUACAAGACGCUUGCAACAACUGUGGCAGGGGAAUUCCAUGCAGAUCCAGUGACAGCGGACAACGAAAUGGAAGAUGUGGUCAGACUGGAAACCGAAAUCGCAAACAUUUCCAUGAGAGAUGAGGACAGGAGGGACAGCUUUGCUUUGUAUAAUCCUAUAGAAAUGCAAAAACUGAACGAAAAUUACACUGUUCCUGCUGAUGCGAGCUUUAACUGGGAGAAUUUUAUCACACGUGUGAUGGCCAUUGAAGGAGUUGAUGUGUAUAUCCCCCAAAACGAGACAAUUAUUGUUAGAGCCAUUCCAUACUUUUCAAAAAUGUUUGAAGUUCUGGGGAAAUAUUCUAAAAGAACCGUCGCAAACUACCUUGUCUGGCGUAUCAUGAAAAACAGGAUAAAUAAUUUGUCUCAAAAAUUUCAAGAUCUGGUGACCGAGUAUAACAAGGCGUUAUUUGGAACAUCCACUCCCAGAGCAAGAUGGCGGACCUGUGCGUCUUACGUCAACAAUUACUAUGGGUUGUCUCUCGGUCGUCUGUUCGUUAAAGAAGCAUUCGAUGAAAGUGCAAAAGAACAGACUUUGGAUAUGAUUCAUAAUUUGAGGACAGCUUUUGGAGAACUUGUGGAUGAAAACAAAUGGAUGGAUGACGCUACUAGAACGCUCGCAAAAGAAAAGGCAAAAUUUGUUCAAGAAAAGAUUGGGUACCAAGACUUCAUCUUGAAUACUACGGCGUUAGACGGUUAUUAUGAAAAUUAUACAGCAAAGGCAGAUACCUAUUUUGAAAACGUCCUGUCAAAUUUGAGACGGUCUACCAUUGAUUCCUUGCGGUACCUUCGAUUUGAUGUGGAUAAAAAUGACUGGGGCACUGCACCUGCCACUGUCAACGCCUAUUACAACAGUGUUUUAAACAGGAUCAUGUUUCCCGCUGGAAUUCUACAGCCUCCAUUCUUCUCCAGCACACAAUCCAAAUCUAUGAAUUACGGAGGUAUUGGGGUCGUCAUUGGACACGAACUCACUCAUGGAUUUGAUGACCGAGGAAGACAAUACGACAAAGAUGGCAACCUCAAGCAGUGGUGGACGGAUGAAGUGAUACGGGCCUUUAAAAAUCAGACCCAAUGCCUGGUUGACCAGUAUGGCGACUUCUCCGUUCCGGAGGCUGACGGGAUGAAGAUGAAUGGUAUAAAUACUCUUGGAGAAAACAUUGCAGACAAUGGAGGUUUAAAAGAAAGCUAUAGGGCCUACAGACGAUGGGUGGAAUCUCGGGGGUAUGAAGAGGAACAAUUGCCUGGUGUUAAAUACACGCAUGAUCAAAUAUUCUUCAUUAACUUUGCUCAGGUAUGGUGUGGAAAUAUGAGGAGAGAGUCGGCCAUUAAUCGAAUUCUGACCGGAGUACACAGUCCGGGCAGAUUCAGGGUGAUAGGCACUUUGCAGAAUUCUGCAGGUUUCUCCAGAGCAUUCAAUUGCCCAGCCACUAGCUUUAUGAAUCCUGUGAAGAAAUGUUCGGUGUGGUAGUGUUCGAGAACCACAAUACAUUCAUAAAUUGUAUGUUUUUUCCCAGGUACUGUCGAUGUAAGAGACUGUAAACAAAUCUAAUUGGUUUAUGAUCUCAGUGCAGUAUUUAACAUUCUUAAAAACGGUGUUAAAUAUUGACAUGGUUGGCAUGUAUUACAAGCGAAAUGAGUUAAAAAUCUAAAGACAUUUAUAAUCGAACAGACCAAUAUAACAUAACAGUAUUGAUUAAAUGUUCAUGUGAUAAAACAGGAACUACGCUAUUGAUCAGUUUUUAGUCAAAAUUACGUUUUUCAACAAACUUUGAAAUUGUAACAAUUUCUAUUGAAACAGAAAAAAAGGAAUUUAAGGGUAAAAUAUCUAUACAUUUUUUUUUUCAAUAAUUUUUUUUAAAUAUUGUCUAAGAAAAAUAAAUCAUAUUGUAAUAUUCAAAACCCAUAUAUCCGGAUUUUCUUCCGAGUUGUUUUCAUAUUAUGGAAAUACAAAAGCAAUCUGCAAGAACAUGUGCCGUAUCCGUUUUUAACUGAAGGUUAUAUUUUAUAAAUUAUACAUGGACUACUUAAGAAAUAUGAUGAUAUUGCUGUGAUAUUGUACUAUCAACAUAUAAAUAAAAUGUAUCAAUAUGUAAUUUAUUUCCAUAAUUUACGUGAUGAUGAUUGUAAUACUUUAUUACAUGUAUCUUAGCAUUUUGUAACACAUGUAUCCACAUUGUAUACGGUUUAUAUAUUGAUCAUAUUAAACAAAAUUCAUAGAUUAUGCACUGUAUUUUCUUGUUAACAUUACCUAAAAGAAAAGUUUGAAUAAAUAAAGAGAAAGUA